AUGGCGGCUACGGCGAAUUCCAAGAUCGCCGACAUGCAGAAGGACACUGUCGAGCUCAAUGACAAGCACCAUAUGACUACCGACUAUGGCAUCAAGAUCUCCGACCCGGACCAUUGGCUGCGAGUCGCCAGCGACUCCCGUACGGGUCCCAUGCUCCUUGAAGAUCAAAUUGCUCGCGAGAAGAUCAUGCGCUUCGACCACGAGCGUAUCCCAGAACGUGUUGUACAUGCUCGGGGUACCGGCGCCUUUGGCACGUUCAAGCUGUUUGAGAGCGCAGAAGACGUGACCACCGCAGGUGUCUUGACAGACACUACUCGCACGACGCCGCUUUUUCUACGCUUCUCCACGGUCCAGGGUAGCAAGGGGAGCGCGGACACCGUCCGCGACGUGCGUGGUUUUGCAGUCAAGAUGUAUACGGAAGAAGGGAACUGGGAUAUUGUUGGGAAUAACAUCCCUGUGUUCUUCAUCCAGGAUGCGAUCAAGUUCCCGGAUCUGAUUCACUCGGUCAAACCCGAGCCGCAUAACGAGGUACCCCAGGGCCAGAGUGCACAUAAUAACUUCUGGGAUUUCGUCUACAUGCAUUCUGAGACUACGCACAUGAACUAUUGGCAAAUGUCUGAUCGAGCGAUCCCACGAUCAUACAGAAUGAUGCAGGGAUUUGGUGUUAAUACAUACUCACUGGUCAAUAAAGAAGGCAAACGCCAUUUUGUCAAAUUUCACUUCACCCCCGAGCUGGGCGUGCACUCUCUCGUCUGGGACGAAGCCCUCAAGAUCUGUGGCCAGGACCCCGACUUCCACCGCAAAGAUCUUAUGGAUGCUAUUGAAGCCGGUCACUUCCCGCGCUGGAAAUUCGGCCUGCAACUGAUUCCAGAGGAACAGCAAGAUGAGUUUGAGUUUGAUCCGCUUGACGCCACCAAGGUUUGGCCAGAGGAGCUGGUGCCGAUCCGAUAUAUCGGCGAGCUCGAGCUCAACCGUAACAUCGACGAGUUCCACCCACAGACCGAGCAAGUUGCGUUUUGCACCAGCCAUGUCGUGCCGGGCAUCGAUUUCUCCGACGAUCCCUUGCUACAGGGCCGCAACUUCUCCUACUUCGACACCCAGAUCUCGCGCCUGGGUCCCAAUUGGGAAGAGCUGCCCGUCAACCGCCCUGUCUGCCCGUACAUGAGCCUGGUCAACCGCGAUGGUGCUAUGCGCCACCGCAUCACCAAGGGCACCGUCAACUACUGGCCCAACCGCUUCAACGCCAAUCCACCGGCUACCCCAGCUCAAGGCGGCUUCUCGAGCUUCCCUGCACCGCAGUCUGGCAUCAAGGCGCGUGCGCUCUCCGCGAAAUUCGCCGAGCACUACAACCAAGCGCAGACCUUCUACAAUUCGCUCUCACCUAUCGAGCAGCUCCACCUUUCCAAGGCUUUCUCCUUCGAGCUCGAUCACUGCGAUGAUCCGGUCGUCUAUAAGCGCAUGGCCGAGCGCCUCCUCGUUGUCAGUGCGGACCUUGCCCGUACCGUCGCCCAGGCCGUCGGCGCCGACCCUCCACCUGCCAAAUCUCCCAAGCCUAACCCGGGCCACCGCGCCAAGGGCCUCAGCCAGCUGGAGUUCCAACCUGAGACCACAACUAUCGCCACCCGCCGCAUCGCCCUCCUCCUUGCUAAGGGUUUCGACUUCUCCGCCUAUACCGCGGCCGCAGACUCCCUCCGUGCCCGCGGCGCCUUUGUCUUCACCAUCGCUCCGCACCGCUCCGCCGUCACCGCGUCCACGGGUGAAUCGGUCAUCCCAGACCACUGCUUCGCCGGCAUGCGGUCGACGCUGUUCGACGCGGUCUUUGUGCCGGGCGGCGACAGCAUCCGCACGCUGGCGCGCAACGGCAAUGCCCGGUUCUGGAUCACCGAGUCAUUCGCGCACCUCAAGCCAAUUGCUGGGGUAAACGAGGCGGUACCGUUUAUUCAGGCGCAGAUCGGACUGGACGAGGUGACUGUUGCGGUGGGCGAUGGCGUGGCCGACUCGUAUGGUGUUGUGACGGGGCUGGGCGCCCGCUCGCAGGACUUACUGGAGAAGUUUGUUAAGCAUGUCUCGCAGCAUCGGAAUUGGCAGCGCGAGUUGGAUGGAUUGGUAGAUUUGGUGGCGGCGUGA